CAUUUGUCAUGGCUUGUGGCGCACUUGUGAACAGGGCACUGGCACUCCACAGCUUUCUAGUCUCUCUAAAGUUUUAUCUUCCAUUACUUGUCUUUUGAAGUCUAAAGAAAUAUGGCAGGACAGUUAAAUCAACCUCUUUUUAUGAUGUGACAUUACUCGGGGGAAAGAGUGAAGAAAAAAAAGCAAAGAGCUAAGGGGUCCUGCCCUCCCUCGCCUCGCUCAUUUCUGAAUUACUCUACUGUCGAUGGGAAGCUGGGACAGAAUGGCGGAUUUAUAUUCUCUCUUGAUUCGCGGUGGCAUUUUGUCAACAUUAUUCAUGAUUACACUGGCUGUGGACAGGGCCGUGCUUUGUGCGGAGGACAGUCUCCUGGUGGAGAAGUCCAAAGAUGUGGAAAUACCAUCGGAGUGUGUCACAAGCUGCACCGCACAGACGUAUGGCAGAAUGUUUCUGAGGCAGGACACAAAGACUGUCCGUUUCAAAUGCUCUGACACAGGGGAUAAAGGAGAGUACUGCUGGUCCACGCACAUCAGCUGCAGAACAGGAGAGAGCUUGCUACAGGCUUAUGUCAUCUUGCCCAUGCACAAGUCAACAAUCAGUGGUGAAUCACCGGGACUUCAAACCCCCUCGGCCACACACAAGAAUCUGCUGAGACCUCACCGAGGACAAGUAGCACCUCUCGCUGAUGAAUGUGGCCUGUUCUAUGAUGUCAUGGACUACUUCGGAGGGACAAAGCGGGAGCUAAAUUUCUGUGUUAAGGUGGUGCCACACCACCUCGGGGACGGCCUGCGAUGUCCACCGUUCCUUGUGACAGUUUGGCAAAACCAAAACCACUCCCCGGUCAACCAUGGUGAAGGGUGACUGAGAAUUUGGAAUCUACUCAAGCCAGCUAGACAAACCUGAAUAAUCUUUGUGUUGCGUAAUAUGACAUUUCCCUGUUCAUGUCAAAGUGACCUGUAAUAUUUUACAUAGCAGAGAAUUUGAAGUUCAAUGGCUAGUUGUAUUGCAUGCCUGCAGAAUGCUAGGCCCAUUUAUAGUGGGAUUAAACAACCAUUUAUACAAGGAAUGUUAACUCUAACUUCUAAUAGAAAAAUCUAAAAUGUAAAAAAAAGU